CCCCCCCCCCUCUCUCUCUCUCUCUCUAAACCCUCUCUCUCAAGAUAAAAUAAACAACGGAAAAGAAGACGACAGGGAAAGUAGGAAGAAGGAAGCAUAGAAAGAUAAUAUCUAUAUAGCAGAGGGAGGCUCGGCUCGGCUCUCAGAUCAGGGAUCCACUGGAAUCGAUGAGGAGGCUGUUCAACCGAGGCAGGGAUGCGUCGUCCUCCUCCUCCGACGCCCCAUCGCCGGCGUCGCCCUACUUGCCUUCCCCGUCGUCCUCGCCCACGCCUACGAGUGUCACCGGCCCCGCCCGGCCCAUCCGUCUCGUCUACUGCGACGAGAAGGGUAAGUUCCGGAUGGAUCCGGAGGCCGUCGCCGUUCUGCAGCUCGUCAAGCAGCCAAUUGGGAUAGUCUCUGUCUGUGGUCGCGCUCGCCAGGGCAAAAGUUUCAUCCUGAACCAGCUUCUUGGAAGGAGUAGCGGGUUCCAAGUGGCUUCAACUCAUCGGCCAUGCACCAAAGGUCUUUGGCUGUGGAGCGCACCUUUGAAGAGGACCGCCCUUGAUGGAACGGAGUACAAUUUGUUGCUGCUAGACAGUGAAGGAAUUGAUGCUUAUGAUCAAACGGGAACGUACAGUACACAGAUAUUUUCGUUGGCCAUCCUGUUGUCCAGCAUGUUCAUCUAUAAUCAGAUGGGUGGGAUUGAUGAAGCUGCACUUGAUCGUCUCUCUCUUGUCACCGAGAUGACGAAGCAUAUCCGAGUGAGAGCCUCUGGUGGAAAAAGUAGUGCUUCUGAACUGGGACAAUUUUCUCCCAUCUUUGUUUGGCUUCUGAGAGAUUUCUAUUUGGAUUUAGUAGAAGAUAACAAAAGAAUAACACCCCGAGACUACCUGGAGCUUGCUCUGAUGCCACAUGAAGGAAGUGGAAGAGAUGUUGCUUCGAAAAAUGAGAUUCGAGAUUCAAUUCGAGCUCUAUUUCCAGAUAGAGAGUGCUUUACUCUUGUGCGACCUUUGAACAGUGAAUCUGAGCUUCAGAAACUUGAUCAAAUAUCGUUGGAAAGGCUGAGGCCUGAAUUUAGAGCUGGAUUGGAUGCAUUAACGAAAUUCGUUUUCGAAAGAACAAGGCCCAAGCAGGUUGGCGCCACCAUAAUGACUGGGCCUGUUCUUGUUGGUGUUAUAGAAUCUUACUUAGAAGCUUUCAACAAUGGUGCUGUGCCCACCAUUUCAUCAUCAUGGCAGAGUGUUGAAGAAGCUGAGUGUCGUCGAGCAUAUGACUUGGCAACUGAGCAUUACAUGUCAACUUUUGAUCGUUCUAAACCACCGGAAGAAGCUGCACUGGGGGAGGCUCAUGAAGAAGCCGUACAGAGAUCGUUAGCCAGUUUUAACUCCUGUGCUGUUGGUACUGGCCUGGCAAGGAAAAAAUACGAAGAGCUUCUACACAAAUUCUUUAGGAAAGCCUUUGAGGAUUAUAAGAAAGAUGCAUAUAUGGAGGCAGACUUGCGAUGCUCCAAUUCUAUUCAGAGCAUGGAGAAGAGGUUGCGAGCAGCUUGCCACACCCCUGAUGCUAAUAUAGAUAAUGUUGUUAAGGUUCUUGAUGCUCUUCUAUCAGAGUAUGAAGCAACAUCUCAUGGACCAGGAAAAUGGAAAAAGCUUGCAGUAUUCUUACAUCAAAGUUUGGAAGGUCCAAUAGCUGAUCUUGCCAGAAGACUAAUUGAUCGAAUAGGAGCUGAGAAGAGUUCCUUUGCGUUGCAAUGCCGGUCAAUUGAGGAUAAGAUGGCUUUGCUUAAUAAACAGCUAGAAGCAAGUGAGAACUAUAAAUCUCAAUAUCUUAAGCGAUACGAGGAUGCUAUCAACGACAAGAAGAAGCUCUCUGAUGAAUAUACGAGCCGUAUAACUAAACUGCAGAGUAACUGUAGUUUGCUGGAAGAGAGGUGUUCCAGUUUAUUGAGAAAUCUUGAUUCCUCCAAACAGGAGUCCUCAGAUUGGAAGAGAAAAUAUGAACAGGUGCUCUUGAGACAAAAGGCUGAAGAAGAUCAGGCCAGUUCUGAAAUUGCGGUUCUCAAGUCACGCAGCAGUGCUGCGGAAGCAAGGCUUGCUGCUGCUAAGGAACAAGUGCAGUCUGCUCAAGAGGAGGCUGAGGAGUGGAAACGCAAGUAUGAUAUCGCUGUUAGGGAAGCAAAAGCAGCGCUGGAGAAGGCAGCAAUCGCUCAGGAGCGAACAAAUAAGGAAAUGCAGUUGAGAGAAGAUGCAAUUAGGGCAGAGUUUUCGAGUGGCUUGGCUGAGAAGGAAGAAGAGUUAAGGGAGAAGGCAGCAAAAAUUGAGUAUGCUGAGCAGUGUUUGACAAUGAUAAAAUCAGAAUUGAAGGCUGCUCAAUCCAAAAUAGAGACUUACGAUGUGGAGAUAAUGUCCUUGAAGCAUGAGAUCAAGGCUUUGACUGAGAAGCUUGAAACUGCAAAUUCCAAGGCGCAGUCAUACGAGAGGGAAGCUAGGAUCAUGGAACAGGAGAACAUCCACCUUGAGCAGAAAUAUCUAUCUGAGUUUAAAAGGUUCGAGGAACUCCAGGAAAGGUGUAGGAAUGCAGAAAAGGAAGCAAAGAGAGCCACUGAAUUAGCUGAUAAAGCUCGGGCUGAAGCUGUGGGGGUUCAGAAGGAAAAGUCCGAGAUUCAGAGGUUGGCAAUGGAGAGGCUGGCUCAAAUCGAGCGGGCUGAGAGGCUUAUCGACAGCUUGGAGAGGGACAAGACUGAACUGGCUGAUAAACUGAAGGAGGCCCGUUUAUCAGACCACGAGGCCCAAUCCAGAAUUGCACUUUUAGAGGCAAGAGUUGAGGAAAGGGAGAAAGAGAUUGAGUCCUUAUUGGACAAGAACAACGAGCAGAGGGCCAGCACUGUGAAGGUCCUUCAGAGCCUAUUGGACAAUGAACGGAAGGCCUGUGCGGAAGCAAUCAGCAGGGUAGAUGACCUCUCGGUUCAAUUACAGUCUGCCCAUGCAAAGAUCGAUUUACUCCAGCAGGAGCUGACUUCAGUCCGUUUGAAUGAAACUGCAUUAGAUAGUAAGCUGAAGACUGCUUCUCUCAGGAAGCGAACUCGGGUUGAGGAUGCCGAGGUGGGGAUGGAUUCUGUUCAAGAUAUGGAUGUGGACAAGACCUAUAGAGGAAGUAAGAGGACUCGGAGCACUACUAGCCCUCGCCAGUUCACUCAGCCAGAAGAUGGUGGGUCCAGUUAUAGGGCCGGCGAGGAUGAUGAUAAUGGCCAUCAAGCGGCUCAGGAGGAUUACACCAAGUUCACGGUGCUGAAACUGAAGCAGGAGCUCACGAAGCACAACUUUGGUGCAGAGCUGCUCCAGCUGAAGAACCCAAGCAAGAAAGACAUCCUCGCCCUUUACGAGAAGUGCAUUCUGCAGAAGUCGUAAUUGAGGUUGUCUCACUUGAUAGAUGUACAGCAAGAGUCUCGUGCAGUAGUUGUUUUGUUAAGUGUAACCUAAUACACUAGAUCAGGUGAAACAUUGGUUCGUGCAAUGUAAGACUAUGGCAGGGUUGAGAUAGGGAGGGCUCGUACGAGUUAUUAUGAGGUGUGGGUCGUCGUUUAUUUUUGUUAUUACUUUCGGGUUCGGUAUUUGUUUCCAGAUAAAAAGGGUUUCUAACUUUAAGGUUGUCCCUAGAAGAGGAUUCAUGCAGUUAGGUGAUUGGUUUUCAGGGUGUGACUAUUAGUGCUUGAAAUGAAAUCCUAGAUGGGUGCUUUGAAUUUUUAUGCUUA